AUACACUUAAGUUUCACCUGAUCAGAGCUUCCAUCAACCUGCGGAUUACCGACAUGCUGCAGCGGUCAACUGUGUUGCUGCUCUUUGCGCUUGUUGCUGUUUCACUUGCAGCAUCAGUCCAGAAGAGAAACUCAGAAGAUGAGAGAAUUGUGCCUCUGUUGGAGCACCUGAAUGGUGGCAGGACAAGUGAACCUGUCACAACAGAGCCAGACGUUCAUGAAAGUGAAGAGCAAACUGAAGCUCCUUCAGUCGAUGCCACUGGGUCACCAGAUGUCAGCGAUGAAGGUGUUGCCAUGACUGACAGCGAUGAAGCUCCUUCAGUUGAUGCCACUGAGCCACCAGGUGGUUCAGACAUCAGUGAUGAAGCUGAUGUUACAGCUGACAGCAAUGAAGGUGACGUUAAAGAUUCUCCUGAAGAAACUGAAGAUGCUGCAGAACAGUCAAAAGAGACUGCAGAGUCUGUGCCCGAAACCAGCACGGAGUCUGAGCCAGCACCUAAUGGUGACAAAGAAGAUGAGGGGGAGGCAUUGAGUGAUGAAGAGCAGGAAGUGAAGGAGAAGGGAGCUGAAAUGAGUGAAAAAGAUACGAGUGAGGAGGAGGAGGGGGAGGUGGUGCCUAUCAUAGAAGAGGACAGCAAAGAGGAAAGUGUAACUCCAGCUGAAGAAGACAGCAAAAUGAAUGACAGUGAGAUUGAAGACAUGGUGGAGGUAGAGGAGAAGGAGAAAGAGGCUGAGGAGGAAGAAACAGAAGAGGAGAAUGAGGAGGAGUUCAAAGAAGUGGAGGAAGAGAAGGAGGAAAAAGAGAACGAUAAUCAGGAUGAGCUAGGGGAGGAUAAGCAGGAUGAGCUAGAGGAGGAGAAAGAGGAGGAGGAUGAGCUAGAGGAGGAUAAGGAGGAGGACGAGCCAGAGGAGGAGGAGCUAGAGAAGGAAAAUGAAGAGAAAGAGGAGGAGCUAGAUGGGGAUAAAGAGGAGGAUGAGGCAGAGGAGGAGAAGAAGGAAGAGUUAGAUAAUGAAAAUGAAGAGAAAGAGGAAGAUAUGGAUGAGAAGGAGGAGCAGCAGGAGGAACUGGAUGAAGGAAAUGAGGAGGAGCAAGAGAUAAAGGAGGAGGAAGAGGAGGAGGAGGAGGAGGAUUUCCAUGAUGAUUCUGAAAAUGCAGAUACUGAAGAACCUGAUGAAAUUGAUGAUGGUCUGGACUCCACUGAAGCAACACCUGCUGGCGAACUGGACCAAUCAGAUGAUGCCACCCCUGUCACCAAACAGGCUACCAGUUAGAUGCUUCGCCUCUGAGCUGUGGGAGCUCAGCAACUGCAGAGCCAAGCCCACAGCCUCCACAGUGGAAUCCAGCUGCCAUGACUACAAGAACCUAAACUGCAUGAAUUUCAACGUUCAGCCAACUGUUGUUUCCUCUCCCCAUUUUCUAGCAGUGUCUGUUUUAACCUCUGGCUUCUUUGGUUUUCUCAGAUAAAAAAAAGAAAUGUCUUUCACCUGCUGACUGUCUUCCUUUCUGCCAUGUGUCCUUUAACCUGUCUCUCUUUCCGGCUUCUUGUCUGCAGAAAUAUUAAAUCAGCUGCUGAGCUCAGAUCUGUUUUGUGUGUCUGAUUUCACACAUUAACAUGUACAUAAGUCCCUCUUUAAUUUACAGAGAAUGUUUUUAAGGACGUGAAAAACCAGUCAGUGGUGUAUA